AUGGCGUUUCAAUCGCCUCCACCAAUUUGGCACACCUCCACUCGGCAUUUUUUUUUCAGUGUUCGUUUUUAUUUCCCCAUGAGACGACUGAAUGGCUUUUUUCAUUGUUCUCUCUUUCUUUGUUCUAAAAAUCUUUAUCCUUCUCAUUCUCUCUCCUUUUCCUUUCUUUCUUUCUUUCUUUCUUUCUUUCUUUCUUUCUUCCUUUCUUUCUCCUUCAUAUAUACUUUCUUUCUUUGUAAUAUGGAUUUUUCUCAUUCCCUUCCACGUAUUCUUUCAUUCUUUCUUUCUUUCUUUCUUUCUUUCUUUCUUCUUCACGUAUACUUUCCUUCUUUAGUUUUUCUUAGUUCACCGAGAAGACCCCACCGGCACCACUCGAAGGAAGAAGACUCCACGGGCACAAGUCGCAACGAAAAAACUCCACCGGCACCACUUGCAGCAAGAAGACUCACCCGGCACAACUUACAGCGAGAAGUCUACCACGGUAUCUCUGGCAGCGAGAAGACGCCACCGGCACCUCUCGGAGCGAGAAGACUCCACCGGCAUCUCUCGCAGCGGGAAGACUCCACCGGCACCUAUCGCAGCAAGAAGAAUUCACCGGCGCCUAUCGCAGCCAGAAGACUCCACCGGCAGCUCUCGCAGCAAGAAGAGUCCACCGGCACAGCUCGAAGCGAGAAGACUCACCCGGCACCUCUCGCAGCAAGAAGGCUCCGCCGGCACCUCUCGCAGCAAGAUGAAUCUACCGGCACCUCUCGCAGCAAGAUGACACCCGCGGCACCACUCACAACGAGAAUACUCCGGCACCUCUCGCAGCGAGAUGACUCCCCCGGCACCACUCGCAACGAGAAGAGUCCACCGGCACCUCUCGCAGCUAGAAGACUCCACUGGCACUUCUCGAAGCGAGAAGACUUCCCCGGCACCUGUCGCAGUGAGAAGACGCCACCGGGACCUCUCGCAGCAAGAAGACUCCCGCGGCACCUCUCGCAGCAAGAAGACUCCACCGGCACCUCUAGCAGCAAGAAUAGUCCGCCGGCACCUCUCGCAGCGCGAAGACUCCGCCGGCACCUCUCGCAGCGCGAAGACUCCCCCGGCACCUCUCGCAACGAGAAGACUCCACCAGCACCUCUCGCAGCUAGAAGAGUCCACCGGCACUUCUCGAAGCGAGAAGACUCCCCCGGCACCUCUCGCAACGAGAAGAUUCCACCGGCACCUCUCGUAGCGCGAAGACUCCCCCGGCACCUCUCGCAGCAAGAAAACUCCACCGGCACCUCUCGUAGUGAGAAGACGACACCGGCACCUCUCGCAGUAAGAAGACUCCACCGGCACCUCUCGCAGCGCGAAGACUCCCGCGGCACCUCUCGAAGCGAGAAGACUCCCCCGGCACCUCUCGCAGCAAGAAGACUCCACCGGCACCUCUCCAAGAAGACUCCACCGGCACCUCUCGCAGCAAGAAGACUCCACCGGCACCUUUGGCAGCAAGAAGACUCAUCCGGCACCUCCUACAGCGUGAAGUCUCCCCCUGCAUCUCUGGCAGCGAGAAGACGCCACCGGCACCUCUCGGAGCGAGAAUACUCCACCGGCACCUCUCGCAGUGAGAAAACUCCACCGGCACCUCUCGCAGCAAGAAGACUCCACCGGCACCUCUCGUACAAGAAGAUUCACCGGUACCUAUCGCAGCCAGAAGACUCCACCGGCACCUCUCGUAGCAAGAAGAGUCCACCGUCACCUCUCGCCACGAGAAGAUUCCACCGGCACCUCUCGCAGCAAGAUGACUCCACCGGCACCUCUCGCAGCAAGAUGACUCCACCGGAAGCCCUCGCAGCGAGAAGACUCCCCUGGCACCUCUCGCAACGAGAAGACUCCACCGGCACCUAUCGCGGCAAGAAGACUCCACCGUCACCUCUCGCGGAGAGAAGACUCCAGCGUCACCUAUCUCAGCAAGAAGAGUCCACCGGCACCUCUGGAAACGAGAAGACACCCGCCGCACAACUCGCAACGGGAAUACUCCGGCACCUUUCAAAGCGAAAGUUGCCGGUGGAGUCUUCUCGCUCCGAGAGGUUCCAGAGAUGCCGGGGUAGACCGCUAGGUGCCGGUGGAGUCUUCUCGUUGCGAGAGGUGCCGGUGGAGUCUUCUCGUUGCGAGAGGUGCCGGUGGAGUCUUCUUGCUUCGAGAGGUGCCGUUGGAGUCUUUCCGCUGCGAGAGGUGCCGGUGGAAUCUUCUCGUUGCGAGAGGUGCCGGGGGAGUCUUCUCGCUUCGAGAACGAGAAGACUCCACCUGAAGAUCUCGCAGCGGGAACACUCCCCCGGCACCUCUCGCAGCGGGAAGACUCCACCGGCACGUCUCGCAGCAAGAAGAAUCCACCGACACCUCUCGCAGCGAGAAGACUCCACCGGCAGCUCACGCAGGAAGAAGACUCCACCGACACCUCUCGCAGCGGGAAGACUCCACCGGCACAUCUCGCAGCAAGAAGACUCCACCGACACCUCUCGCAGCGAGAAAAAUCCACCGGCAGCUCACGCAGGAAGAAGACUCCACCGACACCUCUCGCAGCGAGAAGACUCCACCGGCACCUCUCGCAGCAAGAUGAAUCCACCGGCACCUCUCGCAGCAACAUCGAGAGACACCCCGGCACCACUCGCAACUAGAAGAGUCAACCGGCACCUAUCGCAGCUAGAACACUCCACCGGCACUUCUCGAAGCGAGAAAACACCCCCGGCACCUCUCGCUGUGAGAAGACGCUACCGGCAUCUCUCGCAGCAAGAAGACUCCCGCGGCACCUCUCGGAGCGAGAAGACUCCACCGGCACCUCUCGUAGCAAGAAGACUCCCGCGGCACCUCUCGGAGCGAGAAGACUCCACCGGCACCUCUCGCAGCAAGAAGACUCCACCGACACAUCUCGCAGCUAGAAGACUCCACCGGCAGCUCACGCAGCAAGAAGAAUCUUCCGACACAUCUCGCAGCGAGAAGACUCCACGGGCAACUCUCGCAGCGGGAAGACACCCGCGGCAACUCUCGCAACGACAAUACUCCAACGGCACCUCUCGCAGCGUGAUGACUCGCCCGGCACGACUCGCAACGAAAAGACUCCACCGACACCUCUCGCAGCAAGAAGAUUCCCCGGCAACUCUCGCAGCGGGAAGACUCCACCGGCACCUAUCGCAGAAAGAAGACUUCACCGGCACCUCUCGCAGCGAGAAGACUCCACCGGCACCUCUAGCAGCAAGAAUAGUCCACCGGCACCUCUCGCAGCGCGAAGACUCCCCCGGCACCUCUCGCAAAGAGAAGACUCCACCGGCACCUUUGGCAGCAAGAAGAGUCCACCGGCACUCCUCCGAGAAUAUUCCACCGGCACCUCUCGCAGCGCAAAAACUCCACCGGCACCUCUCGCAGAAGAAGACGACCUCUCGUAGACGCCACCGGCACCUCUCGGAGCAAGAAAGCUCCACCGGCAACUUUCGCAGCAAGACGACUCCACCGGCAGCCUUUGCAGCGGAAUACUCAUCCGGCACCUCCCGCAGCGAGAAGUCUCCCCCAGCAUCUCUCACAGCGAGAAGACGCCACCGGCACCUAUCGCAACGAAAAAGACUUCCACCUGCACCUCUCGCAGCGAUAAAACUCCAACGGCAUCUAUCGCAGCAAGAAGAUUCACCGAAACCGUCACCUCGCACCGGCACCUCUCGAAGCAAGAAGACUCCUCCGGCACCUCAAGAUGACUCCACCGGAAGCCCUCGCAGCGAAAGUCCCCUCACCUCUCGCAGGACCUCUCGCAACGAGAAGACUCCGCGGCACUUCUCGCAGCGAGAAAACCCGCCGCACAACUCGCAGGCACCUUUCAAAGCAGCCGGUGAAGACUCCCCGGCACCUUCAGAGAUGCCGGGACUCCACCGACACCUCUCGCAGCGUGAAGACUCCACCGGCUCGCACCUCUCCCCCGCACCUCUCGGAAGACUCCACCGGCAACUCUCGCAGCAAGAAAAAUCCACCGACACCUCUCGCAGCGAGAAGACUCACCGGCAGCUCACGCAGGAAGAAGACUCCACCGACACCUCUCACAGCGGGAAGACUCCACCGGCACCUCUCGCAGGCGGAAGACACCCUCUCGGCAACUCCACCGGCAAACGCAGAAUAGUCCAACGGCACAUCUCGAAGCGAGAUGACUCCCCGGCACCUGCCACAGCAAGAAGACUCCACCAGCACCUCUCGCAGCAACAUGUCUCCACCGGCCCCCGGCACCUGUCGCAGCGGGAAAAACUCCACCGGCACCACUCGCAGAAAGAAGAAUCCGGCACCUAUCGCAGCGAGAACACUCCACCGGCACUUCUCGCAGCGAGAAAAAUCCCCGGCACCUCUCGCUGCGAGAAGAUUCUACCGGCACCUCUCGCAGCAAAAAACUCCACCGGCACCUAUCGCAGCAAGAAGACUCCCGCGGUACCUCUCGGGCGAUCCACCGGCACCUCUCGCAGAAGAAUCCACCGACACAUCUCGCAGCUAGAAUACUCCACCGGCAGCUCACGCAGCAAGAAGAAUCUUCCGACACAUCUCGCAGCAAGAAGACUCCACCGGCACCUCUCGCAGCAAGAAGACUCCACCGGCAACUCUCGCAACAAGAUGACACCUCUCGCAGCACCUCUCCAGCACAAGAAAACACCCUCCGACACCUCUCGGAGCAAGAAGAUUCCCCCGGCAACCUCUUGCAGGGAAGACUCCACCGGCACCUAUCGCAAAAGAAGAAGGCACCUCCACCGGCACCUCCACCGCUCUAGCAGCAAGAAUAGUCCACAGGCACCUCUCGCAGCGCGGAGACUCCCCAGCACCUCUCGCAAAAAGAAGACUCCACCAGCACCUCUUGCAGCUAAAGAACCGGCACUUCUCCACCGGCACCUCUCGCAACGAGAAGAUUCCACCGGCACCUCUCGCGGCGCAAAGACUCCACCGGGAAGACUCCACCGGCACCUCUCUCGCAGCAAGAAGGCACUCCAGACGACCUCUCGCAGAAAGAAGAAUAAACCUGCUCCUCUCGCAGCGAGAAGACUCCCCCAGCACCUCUCGCAGCAAAAAGACCUCCACCGACACCUCUCGCAGCGAGAAGACUCCACCAGCAACUAUCGCAGCAAGAUGGCACCUCUCACCGGCACCUCUUGCAGCAAGAAGUCGCCCCUGGACCUCUCGCAACGAGAGACUUUCCACUUCUCGCAGCGACCUCUCUCGCAGCGAGAAGACUCCCCGGCACCUCUCGCAACGAAGACUCUAAGGCUUUCCACAAUAAUUUCACUGGCACCUCUCGAAGCGAGAAGACUCCCGCGGCAACACGAGAUGACUCCACCGACACCUCUCGCAGUGAGAAGACGCCACCGGCACCUCUCGAAACAAGAAGACUCCCGUGGCACCUCUCGAAGCGAGAGGACUCUCCCGGCACCUCUCGCAGCGAGAAGACUCCACCGGCAGCUCACGCAGAAUGAAGACUCCACCGACACCUCUCGCAGCGUGAAGACUCCACCGGCACCUCUCGCAGCUGGAAGACUCCCGCGGCAACUCUCGCAGCAAGAAAACUCCACCGACACCUCUCGCAGCGAGAAGACUCUAUCGCAGCCGCAGAAGAACUCCACCGACACUUCUCACAGGGAGAAGACUCCAGGCACCUCACCGGAAGACACCCUCGGCAACUCUCGCAAAAGAAUACAAGAAGACUCCACCAGCACCUCUCGCAGCAAGAAUACUCCCCCGACCUGUCGCGGGAAAACUCCACCGGCACCUCUCUCGAAAGAAGAAUUCCCCCGGCACCUCUCGCACGCGAGACUCCACCGGCACCUCUCGCAGCAAGAUGACUCCCCCGGCACCUCUUGCAGCAAGAAGUCUCCACCGGCACCUCUCGCAACUAGAAGAUUCCACCCGCACCUCUCGCAGCGGGAAGACUCCACCGGCACCUCUCGCAGCAAGAAGACUCCACCGGCACCUCUCGCAGAAAGAAGAAUAAACCUGCACCUCUCGCAGCUAGAAGACUCCCCCGGCACCUCUCGCAGCAAAAAGACUCCACCGACACCUCUCGCAGCGAGAAGACUCCAGCAGCAACUCUCGCAGCAAGAUGACUCCACCGGCACCUCUCGCAACGAGAAGACUCCAUCGGCACCUCUCGCAGCUACAGGGCUCCACCGGCACUUCUCGAAGCGAGAAGACUCCCCCGACACCUCUCGCAGUGAGAAGACGCCACCGGCACCUCUCGCAACAAGAAAACUCCACCGGCACCUCUCGCAGCAAGAAGACUCCACCCGGCACCUCCUACAGCGAGAAGUCUACACCUGCAUCUCUGGCAGCGAGAAGACGCCACCGGCACCUCUCGUAGCGAGAAGACUUCACCGGCAACUUUCGCAGCGAGAAGACUCCACCGGCAACUUUCGCAGCGAGAAGACUCCACCGGCAGCUCUCGCAGCGAGAAGAAUCCCCCGGCACCUCUCGCAACGAGAAGAUUCCACCGGCACCUCUCGCAGUGGGAAAACUCCACCGGCACCUAUCGCAGCAAGAAGACUUCACCGAAGCGAGAAGAAUUCCCCGGCACAUCUCGCAGCAAGAAGACUCCACCGGCACCUCUCGCAGCAAGAUGACUCCACCGGCACCUCUCGCAACAAGAUGACUCUCCCGGCACCUCUCGCACAAGAAAACACCCUCGGCACCUCUCGGAGCAAGAAGACUCUACCGGCACCUCUUGCAGCAAGAAGUGUCCACCGGCCCCUCUCGCAACGAGAAGACUCCACCGGCACCUCUAGCUGCAAGAAUAGUCCACAGGCACCUCUCGCAGCGCGGAGACUCCACCGGCACCUCUCGGAGCAAGAAGACUCUACCGGCACCUCUUGCAGCAAGAAGUCUCCACCGGCACCUCUCGCAACGAGAAGAUUCCACCCGCACCUCUCGCAGCGGGAAGACUCCACCGGCACCUAUCGCAGCAAGAAGACUUCACCGGCACCUCUCGGAGCAAGAAGACUCUACCGGCACCUCUUGCAGCAAGAAGUCUCCACCGGCACCUCUCGCAGCGAGAAGAUUCCACCGGCACCUCUCGCAGCGGGAAGACUCCACCGGCACCUAUCGCAACAAGAUGACUCUCCCGGCACCUCUCGGAGCAAGAAGACUCUACCGGCACCUCUUGCAGCAAGAAGUCUCCACCGGCAUCUCUCGCAACGAGAAAACUCCACCGGCACCUCUCGCAGCGGAAAGACUCCCCCGGCACCUCUCGCAGCAAGAAGACUCCACCGGCACCUAUUGCAGCAAGAAGACUCACCCGGCACCUCCUACAGCGAGAAGUCUACCCCUGCAUCUCUGGCAGCGAGAAGACGCCACCGGCACCUCUCGCAGCGAGAAGAAUCCCCCGGCACCUCUCGCAACGAGAAAAUUCCACCGGCACCUCUCGCAGUGGGAAAACUCCACCGGCACCUAUCGCAGCAAGAAGACUUCACCGGUACCUAUCACAGCCAGAAGACUCCACCGGCACCUCUCGCAGCAAGAAGAGUCCACCGGCACCUCUCGAAGCGAGAAUACUCCCCCGGCACCUCUCGCAGCGGGAAGACUCCCCCGGCACCUCUCGCAGCAAAAAGACUCCACCGACACCUCUCGCAGCGAGAAGACUCCACCGGCACCUCUCGCAGCAAGAUGACUCCACCGGCACCACUCGCAACGAGAGACACCCCGGCACCACUCGCAACGAGAAGUGUCAACCGGCACCUAUCGCAGCUAGAAUACUCCGCCGGCACCUCUCGCUGUGAGAAGACGCUACCGGCAUCUCUCGGAGCAAGAAGACUCCCGCGGCACCUCUCGCAGCGGGAAGACACCCGCGGCAACUCUCGCAACGAGAAUACUCCAACGGCACCUCUCGCAGCGAGAUGA